UUUCAGCUUUCGGGAAGAGCAGGAGGAUCCGCGACUCAGUUCUGUGCUCAUACUGCUUUUGCAGCUGCUGGGCAGCGGGGGGAGGCGCAGCUGUUCAUAGAACAGCCAGGCCGAGGAGUCAGUCACAUUCUUGGCUGGGAUUCAAUGACUCAACCAGACACAAACAAACACACACACAUAGAGAGAGAGAGAGAGAGAGAGAGACAGAGACUCAGACUCGCUGGUUCAGCGGAGGGGGAGACAAACACUUGAACUGUGCACACAAGGUUUUUACACCAGGUACUGAGCGUCGUCCUGUUUUUUUUCACUGGAACAAGAUUUCGUUGGCGAAGGGAUCGUUUUUUUCCCCCCGGUUUCAGUACGCUGUGAGGCUACUUACUGUUUUAAUAUGAAGCAGUCGCUGGAAAAGGAAAAAUUAUUCGACUCCGUGGCGCAUUUAGCUUUUGAAAGUGACACGAAGCUCCAGACUUGCUACAGACUUUUCUGAAUAUUUUCGUUGAGCUUCGUUGGCGUUUUUUUCUGAAUUGAUCGGAGAAGUUUAAGCUUUUUUUUCUGUGCUAGCGCUUAUAACAAUAGAGAACAUGGAGGCAGUGUCAAGCUUCCGACCUCAUGCGGGACUUCAGCAAACUCUGAAGCAGUUCCACUUGAGCUCAAUGAGCUCGCUCGGCGGCCCGGCGGCUUUUUCGGCUCGCUGGCAGCACGACCAACCUUUCGACAAGCAGGGCAAGAAGAGCGCAGAUCUGCCGUUACUGCCUAGCCUGAGGACCCAGACACCGUCAGUCCUGCCUGGGCCGCUGCUCAUCGCUCCGGACCGCUCCACGGAGCGCUGCGAGACCGUGCUGGAGCGAGAGACCAUUUCGUGCUUCGUGGUGGGCGGCGAGAAGCGUCUGUGUCUGCCGCAAAUCCUGAACAGCGUGCUGCGCGACUUCACUUUGCAGCAGAUCAACAAUGUUUGCGAUGAGCUGCACAUCUACUGCUCGCGGUGCACAGCUGAGCAACUAGAGAUCCUAAAGAUAAUCGGCAUCUUGCCCUUCUCGGCACCUUCGUGUGGGCUCAUCACGCAAACAGACGCCGAGCGCUUGUGCAACUCCUUACUGCACGGUGGUGCACUGCCGCCGCACCUCGAUAAGGAGCUCGCGUGUUCCUCCUCCUCCGCCGAGCUUGAGUACACUGACCGGGCCUUUAAGGUGUACCACGAGUGUUUUGGCAAGUGCAAGGGUCUAUUCUUGCCGGAGCUGUAUACGAGUCCGCAUGCGGCGUGUAUCCAGUGCCUGGACUGCAGACUGAUAUUCCCCACGCAAAAGUUCGUGGUGCAUAGCCACAAGCGCUUGGAAAACCGGACGUGCCACUGGGGUUUCGAUUCCUCCAACUGGAGGGCCUACGUCCUCUUGGAUCAAGAUUACGCCGAGAAAGAAGAGAAGGCCACACUGCAGCAGCUUCUCAACGAAUUAAAGGGGAAAUAUGACCUAGGGAACAAGCACAAGAGCUCAUCUUUCAGGGAAUAUAGUCCCAUUCCAACCAAGAAGUCCAAACAGGAGCUUUCAUAUUCCCCAUCAGAGGACAAAGAAAAACAAGUGGAAUGGUUGCAGUGUCUGGCAACAUCUGCAAACAAGGAUUUCAAGCAGCUUCAGAUCAAGCAGAGGCCAUCAGCCUUUCGGCCAUGGUCACCUAGAGUUCCGUCCACCGAAAGAGCAGCUCCGAGUCACAGACAUGAGCGGUCACUACCGAAAAAUCCAGAGAGAUUGGCAUCACUUUCAGACACACUGCAGAAGAACAAGCAGCCAGAGCAGUCUGGUGCUGGAGGCUCCCAGCCUGGCUAUAGCCACAGGUCCAGGCCAGCCAAGUGCUGGCCAUCUGGCAAGGACCAGACGCAGCCUGCAGCCUGCCUCACUUAUCCCCCGCAGUAUGACUCCAACUCAGAUGCAGAGAUUGAGGUAGACAACCGUGAUGAGGUACCUUGCUCCCACUCUCUUACUAAUGGAGUGGUUGUGGAGCAGUAUGAGGGCAGGCACAGACCUACAUCUGCCUGUGGCUCGGAACUUGAGGCCCUGCAGCAGAUGCUGUACAGCAACCUGAGCUCCAGAGAGGCCAGAGAGAGGUUCCUGCAGGUGAUUGUGCAUAUGCAAGUUGAACAGGAGGAAAAGCUUACAGCGGCUUUGCAGGCCAAGCGUAGCCUUCAGCAGGAGCUGGAGUUUUUACGGGUGAGUAAGAAGGGGCGGUUACGUGAGGCCAUUGAGGCCAAGCGUAACCUGCGAAAGGAGCUUGAGAGGUUGCGCACAGAAUGUGAGAGAAAGGUGCACGAUGCCAAUGAGUCGUGUGGAAGACUGAAAAAGGAGCUGGAGCAUGAGCGGCAGAUGCACGUGUGUGAGAAGGGCUGUGAGCCAAGCCAGCUGAGGGCCAAGUACUCUACCCAGAUUGAGGAGCUCCAGGUGAAGCUGCAGCAAGCCGAGGCCGAUCGUGAGCAUCUGCGAGAGGAGCUGCUGCAAGAGCAUGAAGCUCGACAGAGUCUGGAAAAGGUGGUGCUCCAGCUCCAGCAGAAGCUCAGCCAAGGGAACCAGAAACAAGGCCACCUUACCCAACAGCAAUCGUAGCAAGCCAUCUGGAAGGACAUUGCAGGUGCUGAGGACAUUUUGGAAAACAGCAUUAGAGGACUUUAGAGGAUUUUCCUGGGCCUCAUUUUAUGAACAUAAUGAGCAUGUGAAAAAAAGAUUUAUGGGAGCAAAAUAUCUAAAUAUACAUGUAUAUUAGCUAUACAUUUAUAGACAGUUGUGGAGACCAUAUGAGUGGUGUGUGAACAUCAUUCACAGAGCUGGUCCCACUCCCCUUACAUCUUAACCACUCCAUCUUAACCAUGAUAACAGUCCACAUGCUCUCAGAUCACUGAAGAGGACACUCCAAGAAGGCAGCAACAUAUGGGACUAAUACCCUUUCAGUUAGCUUCUUAAGCUAAUCCAAUGAAUUUAUAAUGUUAUAAGCUAUUUAACAAAGAUACUUGAAAAUAUAACGGAAAUCUCACUGCCAGGGAAAAAAAAGGAGAUUUUUCUGAUAGUGAGAUUGCAGUAGCAGAUAGAUGACCUGAUCUAUGAAACAAGAAGACAUUACGAAGCCAGAUUAUACACAAGAGACACAAUAUCACUACAUAUUGUAAUGUUUAUGAUGCUUGUUUUUAUGUUCCAAUUUGUUGUAUCCAAAUAAUUAGCAUGAGCAACAGUUCUAGGUAAGUCAUGGGUGGUCUUUCAUAUAAACAUAUGAGUAGUUUUUCUCUUUAUAUUUUUGAAUAUCUUUUGGUAUAUUUAAAACCCCUAUACUAUUAUUUUUGGCAAUUAUUUCUGUCAACCCAUAAUUAUUCUUAAUUCCGAUGUCUUUUGCAAGUAUUUUAUUCUGUACAACUCUUGCUUCUGUUAAAAUGAACAGUAUUGUGUAGGAUUUGAUAAGUACUUUGUGAACAGUGUUGCUGCAAUCUGUUUCAGUGAUCAGUCAGAUGAACCUAAAACUGUUUUUGUCUGUUGCAUUAUCAGCGAUAGCAAAUGCUAUUCUGGGUCAAAUGUCCACUUUAGUCACUGGUUCUAGGGCUUGUUUAUGAAAAAAUGUUUGACAAUAACAUUUUUACUUCUAUACAAAAUAUGGAUAUAUUUUUUUACUCUACCAAAAAAUUGCACUUUGUAAAAGAGAAAUGUACUCUUAUACAAUGCACAAUUCUAAUUGUGCAUUUUAUGCCCUUUAAUGUUGUUUUUCAAAUUUCAAGCAAGCAAGAGCUGGUUUAAAAUUUUUUCAUACUUUUGUUACUUAAUGUAAAUAACACUUAUUACACGUUUGAGGAUAAUUAUUGUAAAUAAGCUUGGCUUUACUUGUUAAUGCUCACCUAUUGCUUUUGCUCUCAACCAAUAUAUCCUAUAUGAAUGUCAUAUUUUGGGGAAAUUUUAGCUAAUUAUAAUUAUAUGAAUCUCACAUUGGGGAAAUUUUAGCUAAUUAUAUUUCUGGUUAGUGUCAGUCCAUUUGGAAAUCACUUUAAUUUACCAAAGCAUUACUAUUACUAUUUGAGGAAAAACCUGGCUUUAUCGUCCCUCCCCACUCCCCCACCCCCCCACUCUCCACAUACAAUCCAUACAAAUUUGUGUAGUUAUUUAGUAUAUUAAACCUUCAUUCACUUUAUUUAUUUCUCAGUCAUUUUUAGCUACUUAUUUUUGAACGGUUUUGCCUGCCUCUCACCGUUUUCCAGCUCCAACCUCCUGAGCCUUAGAAAUACACAGAGCCUUAGAGCCUGUAGAAAUACACAGUGUUCAGGCUGCUGGCGUAGUUUUGGUUUUGAUGUGGCUCAGUUUUGCCACUUGUUUUAUGUUCUCUGCAUAUAUUACCCAUUAAAUAAAAAUAACAAUAAUCACA